AUGCCCAUGCACAAAUUUAGCAUAUUAUUUUGGAUAUUUUUUAUUUAUUCAUUAAAAAUAAUUUCAGUAGUUCCACAAAAAUAUAAAAUGUAUGAAAUUGAUUUGCGAAGUAGUUCUCCGGUA